AUGGCAGCAACAGAAUCAGUUUCUGAUGUGAAAAGUGUGAUGGAUAAUGUUCUUAGUGAACUACGCAGACGAGAAAAAACAGAGCUGAAUGCUUUUGUAAGGAAAUUAAUCAAGGAUCUGGAGAUAAAGAAGAAAGAAAUGGUUGGGGUUUUUGGUAAAACAGGAGCUGGAAAGACCUCUUUGAUAAAUGCUGUCAUUAAAGAGAGGAAUCUUUUGCCCUGUGGAGAUGUCACCGCAUGUACUUCAGUCAUUAUUAAGGUGGAGGCUAACACCAGCAACGAAAACUAUGAGGCACAUAUUGAAUUUAUCACAACAGAGAAGUGGAACAAGGACUUGUGGUCAAUAAAGCGGUAUCAAAGAGACUCUACAAAUCAAAACAGAGAUGAUGAUGAUGAUUAUCAGGAUGUUGCUGCAAAGCUGUCAGCAGUCUAUGGAGACAAAUGGAAGCGGAAAUCUUCUGAACAACUAAUGGAAAGCAAAUACUUCAGAGAAAUACCAGAGUUCCUUCAAUCCAGAGAGAAGAUAAUGUCUUAUAAAACAGCAAAAGAAGUAUCUGCUGAAAUGAUAAAAUACACAAGGGCUGAUUCUAAACAAUGUGGGGAUAACAGUAUGAAGAAGUGCUAUUGGCCACUUGUGAAGUGUGUGACUGUCAAAGUGCCAAAUAACAGUUUUCUCCAGAACAUCACACUCGUGGACCUUCCUGGAAAUGGAAAUGGAGACCGUAACAAGAGCAGGGAUACUAUGUGGAAAGGGAUUGUUGGAAGCUGCUCUACUGUGUGGAUUGUGACAGAAGUCAACCAAGCAGGAGCAGAUAAAGAAUCCUGGGAUAUCCUCAACAGUGUCAGUAGUCUCAUUGGAAAUGGUGGGGAGUGCAAAAAAAUUCACAUUAUUUGCACAAAGUCUGAUAUUAUUGACGGUUCAACUGAUCACUCAGCUGAUGUUCAAGAUUUGAUCCUCCAAAGAAACAUGAAAACAAAAGAAGCAGUGAGGAAAGAAUUCAACAACCUAAACAAAAUUAAGAAAAACUUCACCGACGGGUCUUUCGAAGUGUUCACAGUGAGCUCUGAGGAGUUUCUGAGACCGAGUGUUCUAAGUCAAGAAAAUACUGAAAUCCCCAAACUUCAGGAUUUUUUGCAGGAGCUCAGUGACGAUCACUCAGAGACAUUGAGUUAUAUAUCUAGAGCUCAUGGGAUUCUCUCUUUGAUUCAAGGAGCCAGGAUGAAAAAACAGCCUGGACAAAACAAGGAUGUAUGUGAAGAGCUUAAGACAAAAUUAAAUCUUCAUCUUCGUUUAGUCGAAAAGGAGAUGAUAAAAGCUCACCGUGUUUUUACACAACACCUCCAAAAAGGGGUUGAAAACUCCACAAGGUCAUGUGAAAAAAACCUAAAUGAGAUUUUAAUUCCUCCGUAAUCAUCUGGAAAUCAUCAAAUUGAAUUUUGUCACAUUUUUUCAAAAUGUUACUUAUUUUUUAAGGCAAGGAGUGGUGGUAUCUAUCACAGACCAAUAACUGGAAAAGAAAUAAACCUGAACAUGAAACUUUCAUCGUUCCUGACUGACAGCAUUGAUGAGGAAUUCAGGAAGACAUUCCCAAAGGAACAACAAAUUGGUCCAUUUAAUGGUGUCAUUAACAACUUUUCACUUGACACUGACAAACUGAAGCUGAAGUACAAAGAUGUACAAUUGCAGCUGAUAUUCCUUGGGACAGAGGAAGAGAAAGUUAAGACAACACUGAACAGAAUGAUUCAAGACCAGAAGAAAAUAAUCUACCUCAGCCUGACACCGACAAUCGAGCAUAGAAUGCAGUGCUACAAUACUGCAGCAGGAUACUCGGGUACCAGUAUGCUGGAGAAAAUGAGAGAAAAUGAGAGAAACCGUGUUCAUAGAUUAGAAGAGGAUGCAAAAAAUGCCAUGUUGCAACAUCUCGUGUACUUAACGAAGGACGUCCUGCAAACAAUGGCUACUUUGGACGGAACCAUUGAACUCUCGCUCAAGGCUGAUGACCAAUCAGUUCCAG